AUGUCAGAAGGAAACAAGACUCUGGUGACUGAAUUUGUUCUCACAGGACUUACACAGAGACCAUGGCUGCAGGUUCUCCCCUUCCUCCUGUUCUUGAUCAUCUACCUCACCACCAGUGGAAACCUUGGACUGAUGGCUCUUAUUUGGAAGGAUGCCCACCUUCACACACCCAUGUACUUGUUCCUUGGUGGUUUAGCCUUUGCAGAUGCUUGCACUUCAAGCUCUAUAACACCCAGGAUGCUGGUCAGUUUCUUAGACAAGACUGCAAAGAUAUCCCUAGCUGAGUGCAUCACUCAAUUUUAUUUUUUUGCUUCCUGUGCAACCACAGAAUGUUUCCUCCUGGUAGUGAUGGCCUAUGACCGCUAUGUAGCCAUAUGCAAUCCCUUGCUUUAUCCAGUGGUGAUGUCCACCAGACUCUGCACUCACCUGAUUAGUAUUUCAUAUGCAAUUGGUUUUCUGCAUCCCCUGAUUCAUGUGAGCUUGUUAUUAAGAUUAACUUUCUGCAGGUCUAGUGUAAUAUAUUAUUUCUAUUGCGAAAUUUUACAGCUGUUCAAAAUUUCAUGCAAUGACUCAUCUAUUAAUGCACUAAUGCUACUUAUUUUUGGAGCUUUUAUACAAAUUUCCACUUUAAUGACCAUCAUAAUCUCUUACACUCGUGUGCUCUUUGACAUUCUGAAAAAAAAGUCUGAAAAGGGCAGAAGCAAAGCCUUCUCCACGUGCAGUGCCCAUAUGCUCUCUGUUUCAUUGUACUACGGCACUCUCAUUUUCAUGUAUGUGCGCCCUGCAUCUAGCCUAGCUGAAGAUCAGGACAAAAUAUAUUCCCUAUUUUACACAAUUAUAAUCCCCCUGCUAAACCCAUUUAUUUACAGCUUGAGAAAUAAAGAGGUUAUAGGUGCUGUGAGAAGAGUUGCAAAGAAGUAA